AUGGGGUUCUCACGAUUCACUGGCAAACAAGCAAUGUCAUCUAAUGAACAAGAAAGGUUCUGCUGUUAUAAUGGAGAAGUCCUUAUUUUUCGUUUGUCUGAAGGAAAGUUUGUAGAUGUAGGGCCUAAAACAAUACCUGUGUUACAUGUCAGAAGAAUGGUGUUUGGAAGAGGACCAGAGGGAUUUGUUCAGAAAUCCACUGGAUUCUUUAGCAUAAAAGAAGAAUACUCUCAUUUAAAAAUUAUGUGCUGCGACUGUGUUUCAGAUUUCAGAACUGGAAUUAAUCUGCCUUAUGUUAUGAUACAGUGCAUUAAAGAAGAGAACAUUUUCAAAUAUUUUCUACUGUUUCUUCAUGGUACCAAUAAAUUUGAAAAGUGUUUGAGUUUUAGACUAGGCUAUGAGAUGAAGGACAGUAUAAGGGUCCUUAAUGGCCCUUUAGUUUUAUGGAGACAUGAUCAGACAUUCUUUUAUAUCUCUUCUCAAACUGGCAAAGUUGUCACUGUGUCUAUGAACUUUUCCUCUGUUGAGUGGGCAGGGGAGAUUGAAAAUCUAGGUAUAGUUUUGUUAGGACCAAAGAGAUGUUACUUAUCUGCAGAAGAAUGCACUCCAAAGUGUUCAAAAUCUGAUUAUGAAACUUGGAAUACCCACUUUUGUGCAUACUCUCUUGAAAGGGCAGAAGUAAUAAGUGAUACAUACAUUAUCCCUCCUGCUUAUACCAGCAUGAUAACAUUUGUGCAUGUCUAUUCAACUGAGAUUGUCAAUGACCACUUAAGAAUGUCACUGAUUGCCCUUACUCGAAAAAAUCAGCUGAUUUCAUUCCUAAAUGGGACUCCUACAAGUGUGUGCCAGCUUCCAUUUGGAGAUCCUUGUGCAGUUCAACUUGUGGAUUCAGGUGAAGAAGGCCUCCUUUUCAUCAUAUCCUUUAGGUCCAACGAUGCUUGUGCUGUUUUGGAAAAGAGCUUUCAGAUCGCUGCCAAGUGGGAGAAAAUUAGUUCAAUACUAAUAGAUGACUUCUUUGGAACUGGAACGGAACAAGUACUGCUACUUUUUAAGGACUCCUUGAAUUCAGAUUGCUGGAGUUCCUUUGAAAUAAUAGGCCCUGACACCUUAAACUCUUCAGGUGAAACAUUGGAUAGCAGUAAAGAUGACCUGUUUGAAGACAAAGAGGAGAAUUAUUUGGUGGUCCUACCUCUGGAAAGAAGAUUGCAAGUUGGUUUCAUUUCUAUUUGGGAAUUACAGCAGCAUCUCUUGCUUAAGGAAAAAAUUAUAUCAAAAUCUUACAAGGCUUUAAUGAACCUGUUUCAAAGAAAAGAUGAUAGUACAUUAAGUGCAGAGGAGAAAGAAUGUCUUGUUACUCUUUGUGGUGAAGAAGAAAAUCCUGUCUGUACCUUUGAUGAAAAGUUAUCAGACCAUUUUCAAGAUUUAGAGCAGCUAGUAGAGAAGAUAUGGUAUCGGGUAAUAGAAGAUAACUUGGUUGUUGGAGUGAAACCCACAUCUUCUUUGAAGGUGUCUCUGAAUCAUGUGACUUUAUCGCUGUCAGUGGAUCAAGGCCCUAACUCUACCUUUCCACUUAUUAAGUGUCAAAAUAGGAUAUUUAAGUUGACUAGGAAUUCUUCUCCAGUACUAAGCUCAGUGCCAUAUGAAGUAGGAUCAGAGGUAAAAAGAAUCAAGUUGAGUGUUGAUAGUAAAGAAGAGAAAGAGGAAAGCGUUGUUUGUGAACGACCCUUGAAGAAAGAAUAUGUACAGAUGAUUACAGCUGUAACAGCUCUUCCACCACUUUUAACAUUCAGUAAUUUUUGUUGCAUUGUGCUGCUACAAAUGAGAGAGAAUGGUAACUCUUCUGAAGCUCAUUAUGUUCAAUGUGGCAGAAUUUUUUUAAGUGUAGAAGAUCUUUCAAGUGGGAAAUAUGUGCUGACAUUUCCAGAGAAGAAACCUAUAGAACACAUGGAAGAUCUCUUUACACUUCUUGCAGCAUGGCACAGAGCUGGUUUUCAAAUCACAUCACCCAUGUUCGUUCUUACUUCAGUGAGGCUAUGGCUGUUAGAACACAUGAAGUGUGAAGUCAUCAAAGAAUUUCCAGAAAUUUGCUUUUGCAAAAGGCCGGGAAGUUUCUAUGGGACACUCUUCAAUUGGAAACAAAGGACACCAUUUGAAGGAAUUUUAGUAGUCUAUUCCAGGAAUCAAACAGUUUUGUUCCAGUGCCUUCAUGAUCUCAGCACAGUUCUCCCUGUGAACAGUUUCUUCAAAUAUCUAGAGUUAGAAAGUGAGGAUUUUCUAGUUGGUCAUUUGGCAGUAGCUUUGGAGAAGGAAUUGGUCACCCUUGGUUCUCCUUCUUCUGCCUUAGUGAAGGUUGAAACGAGCUUGGUGCAGAAUUGUGAAGUAAGCAAAGAAAAGAGUAGUGAUAAUGUGGCUGCUUUAUCAGAGGAAAGCAUCCAUCUCUACAGAAAAGAACUUCAGAGAGAAAAGGAGCAAAUGUUGGGGACGAACUUAAAAGUGAGUGCUGCUCUUUACAGAGAAAUGACUUUAAAAUUAGCUGAAGUUCAGCUGAAAUCAGACCUUGCUGCCAAGCAACUGACAGAUUUAUAAUUAUAUUCUCAGUUUGAUUAUAUUUUAGAAUAUUUUUCCCUGCCAUAGUGCUUUGGUCCUACUUUUUCAUUUUAUAUUAUAUGCCUCCUCUGUAAAAUGAGGAUUGAGGCUCACUGUAGAGUCUUUGGUUUUGAAGAUGCAUAAAAUAGCCUGCCUUAGAGUAGCACUUCUCACCUGGGCUCAUUUUGCCUCCCAAAAUGGGUAAAGGGACA